AUGGAUCGUCCUAAGGUGUUGCAAAAUUAUCGAAAGAAAUUAUUACGCCAUCGUGAGCUUGAAGUCAAGCUAAAAGAUUUAAGAAUGAAAUUAAAAGAUCUUAGCAAAGAAUAUGAAAAAUCGGAAGAUAACCUUAAGGCACUUCAAAGUGUAGGACAGAUUGUUGGUGAAGUACUAAGACAGCUAGCGGAAGAAAAAUAUAUCGUUAAAGCUACCAAUGGACCAAGAUAUGUUGUUGGCGUUCGAAGAAGGAUUGAUAAAAACAAACUUAAGGCGGGUACGCGUGUGGCAUUGGACAUGACAACUCUAACAAUUAUGAGAUGUUUACCUCGAGAAGUUGAUCCUUUAGUGUAUAAUAUGUCUCAUGAAGAUCCUGGUGAUGUGUCAUUUUCUGGGAUUGGUGGUCUAAGUGAGCAAAUUCGUGAAUUGCGUGAGGUAAUAGAAUUACCUUUGCUCAACCCUGAAUUAUUUCAACGUGUUGGCAUAAAUCCUCCGAAAGGUGUACUGCUGUACGGACCACCAGGUACAGGGAAGACAUUGUUAGCUAGAGCUGUCGCAAGCCAAUUAGAUGCUAACUUUUUGAAGGUAGUUUCCAGUGCUAUAGUAGAUAAAUAUAUCGGCGAAAGUGCAAGGCUUAUUAGAGAAAUGUUCGCGUACGCACGCGAUCAUCAGCCUUGCAUUAUAUUUAUGGAUGAAAUUGAUGCCAUUGGUGGAAGACGAUUUUCUGAAGGUACUUCUGCAGAUCGUGAAAUUCAACGAACACUUAUGGAGUUAUUAAAUCAAAUGGACGGCUUCGAUGCAUUAGGACAGGUCAAAAUUAUUAUGGCCACCAAUCGCCCUGAUACUUUAGAUCCAGCCUUGUUGCGCCCUGGACGUCUUGAUAGAAAGAUCCAGAUUGCUCUUCCGAAUGAACAAGCUAGAUUAGAGAUAUUAAAGAUUCAUGCUUCUCCAAUUACCAAGCAUGGCGAAAUCGAUUAUGAAGCUGUCGUUAAAUUAGCAGAAGAAUUUAAUGGAGCUGACUUACGAAACGUUUGUACAGAAGCCGGCAUGUAUGCUAUUCGCGCAGAAAGAAAUUACGUAAUCGAUGAGGACUUCAUGAAAGCUGUACGUAAAGUAGCUGAUAACAAAAGAUUAGAAAGUAAAUUGGAAUACAAGAAAAUGUAAUUUGACACCCUUUGCGAGCAAUAGAGAAUCAGACUCUAAUAAACUCUAUGUAAAGACGAAUGGAUGGUCGUCCAAUUUUUAAUUAUUUGUAAACUGAUAUAUCUACAUUCUUUCAUUUCUUAAUUACUUUUAUUGGUUGUUAGCUAACGUUGAAGAAUAAGAAUUGUGGUUAAAAAAUUGUUAGUUGGUUAAACUUUUGCGAAAACUUCAUCGAAACUUUUAUUGUAUUAAUAAGUUAUUGAUGUGAAGCUAUAACGCGUU